GUUUCGUUUAUGGCUACAAGAUUCUCGUUUAGAAAUGGAAUUUAAGGCAUACAUCGAUCUCGAGACGACGAAGCUGUAAUGGCUGAAAAUUUUUGAUUUACCAGUUCGAGGCAUUCUAGGGUUUAAAGAUGUCCAUCGCGGAGCUGAACGAGCAGAAUAUAUCUGCCACCGCGACUGUGAAUGCUCUCAAAGAACGUUUGAAGCAGAAACGGCGUCUUCUUCUCGACGCUGAUGUUGCUGGGUAUGCUAGGUCGCAGGGACGAUCGGCUGUUAGCUUUGGCCCCACGGAUCUUGUCUGCUGUAGAACUUUGCAAGGACAUACCGCGAAGGUGUAUUCGUUGGACUGGACUACUGAAAGGAAUCGAAUUGUCAGUGCAUCUCAAGAUGGGAGGCUAAUUGUUUGGAAUGCUCUAACAAGCCAGAAAACUCAUGCUAUAAAGCUGCCUUGUGCAUGGGUUAUGACGUGUACCUUCUCUCCAAGUGGUCAGUCUGUUGCAUGUGGUGGGCUUGAUAGUAUAUGCUCUAUCUUCAGUCUAAACUCUCCCAGUGACAAGGAUGGGUACCUACCAGUGUCAAGGACGCUGAGUGGGCAUAAGGGUUAUGUAUCGUCAUGUCAGUUUGUUCCUGAUGAUUACACUCACUUAAUAACCAGUUCUGGUGAUCAGACAUGUGUUUUGUGGGACAUCACUACAGGCCAGAGAAUUUCUGUCUUUGGAGGUGAAUUUCUGUCAGGGCACACAGCUGAUGUUUUGAGUGUAUCAAUAAAUGGAUCAAACCCCAAGAUGUUUGUCUCUGGUUCAUGUGAUGCAACAGCCCGAUUAUGGGAUACUCGCAUUGCAAGUCGUGCAGUCCGAACAUAUCAUGGCCAUGCAGGGGAUGUUAACACGGUUAAAUUUUUCCCAGAUGGCCAGAGAUUUGGGACGGGUUCUGAUGAUGGGACAUGUAGGUUAUUUGACAUGAGGACUGGACAUGAGCUCCAAGUCUACCAUCAGCAGCAUAGUGAUAAUGGUGUUCCUCUUGUGACCUCCAUUACCUUCUCAAUAUCAGGGACCCUUCUAUUUGCUGGUUACUCGAAUGGUAAUUGCUACGUAUGGGACACCCUAUUGGCAAAGGUGGUUCUGAACUUGGGAUCUCUGCAAAACUCUCACAAGGGCCGGAUCGCAUGUUUAGGAUUGUCAGCUGAUGGGAGUGCCUUAUGUACAGGAAGUUGGGACAAAAACCUGAAGAUAUGGGCUUUUGGAGGGCAUAGGAGAGCACUCUGAAAUAUUUAUAAGGUGGAGUCUUCUGCCCAUCUCCCACUCGUUAUUUUCAUUCUUCCGAUGCUUUGUUUGACGCGACCUUCUACCAUCAGUUCUUCGUCUUUGAAAAGCCAUAAUGCCCAAGACACUUUCAUCUUGUAAUGCCUUAAAGGAGACAAUGGAACACACAGAAAUUGGUGUCUUUACAAUUAUCUUCAA